AUGAACAGAUCGGCGUCUUCUACUCCCUCUGUGCCUGCCGAGUCUGAUGGCGAUCGAGCCACGCCCAGCGCCGUCGACCGUGAGCGCGCGCAAAUGCUGAAUGUGCCUGUUGGGGAUGACCUCACAUCGACCCAAACCCCACCGCCUACUGUGGAAGUGGCCACCCUCGCCACGGAGCCGAUCGUUCGGGAUCGUGAGACUUCGAAGGAAGUGGAGAUUGGCGUCCUCUACCGCUGGAAGGAAUGGCGGUUGGUCCGCGACAACGACAGCCUUUACAUCUGGGCCGACAUGUUGGCGAUCGAGUUCCCCAAGCGGUUCCGUCUCAAGCUCGAAUUGGCCGGUGCUGACACAGAAGCACAAAAGCACCUGUUGAACCGCACGAAUCGCUCUUUCAAAAGUGAGCCGCUGACGUCGGUUGGGCAGCUGAAGAAUUUCUUGCUACGAAUGGUGGCCAAGCAAUGGUAUGACCGCGAACGCGACAGCUACAAUUUCGUCAAGCAGAUCAAGGAGCAGAAGGAAAUUACGUGCACGUACUCCAGCGACUUUGACGACCAAGGCAUCAUGUUCUGGCUCGGCACAAAUGGAAAAGUGGCUGAAUGGAUCAACCCGGCCUCGAUCGGCGUCGUCAAGGUGACCUGCUCCGAUACCCCGAAGCAACCCUUUGGACGCCCCGAAGACGUGCUCAGCCGUGAUGUGAACCCGAUCAACUGCCACAGCAGCGACGACAAGAACAGCAACUUCACGAUCGACACCGGCCUCGAGAAUCUACUCGAAAAGUCGCGUAUCUUGAUUGAUCGCACUAUUGUCGAGCGCAACGAAACGGCCGAAGGACGCGAAACACCCGAAGAUCAGCAUGGCCCCAGUACUUCCCAGCCGACAUUGAACACCAACCAGUCGGCGACCGGUUCAUCCGAUGCUGCUACGGCUUCAGCUGCUGUACCGGAGGGUGUCGAGGCGUUGUCCUUAUCCACCCCGGAUUUGGCGUCGGCUCGUGAGCGAGCUCAAUCGACGGAGGCUGCUUCGGAUGUCACUCAGGAGGACCAAGAUACGGAAGGUGACGUCGAGGAGGAUGAAGAGAACGACGAGGAAGAACCUGAAGACGAUGACAUGGAAGACGAAGAUGAGGAGGAGGACACGGAGCCCGACAACGAUGAUAGAGGUGAGAAGAGGGAUGAGGACGUCAGCUUUUCCCAAUUGCUGGCAGAAUUGGAGGGAGAGGGGAAAGUGGGCCAGGCGGCUCUCGCCGUGCCCGCAGGCUCGUCCACGGCCAAUACUAAUGCGACUAUCAGCCAAGAGCGCGGGAUUAUUGAGAGACUUCGCGAUGUGAUCGGAAUGGAAGAUUCCAUCGAGCAGCUCAUCAGCGGCCUGGGCCCGCCCAGCACACAGGCGAUCCAUGUCAAGCCGGCCGGAAGCCGAAAAGUUGGCACCUCGGUGUCAAAGUCGAUCAAGGGAUACGCCGAUGUGAUUAAGUCCAUGAUGCAGCAGAUGAUGGACCCGACUUCGGCCAUGGAUGUCGAGGAUAUGGAGGAAGAUAUUUUCGAUGACGAAGCGAACGAGGAAGACCUUAUGGACGAUGAGCUGCCCUACAACAUCCUGCCCGAUUCGUUGGCCCAGGCCCUGAUCCCCGCUUUCGACCCCCGCCCCGGCCGCACCAACAUCAACCAGACGCAAGAAGUCGAGCUGCCUGCGACAAUUUCGGAGCCCACCGCCGCCUCGAAUGCCCAGCCAAAGAAUACUUCGGAAGCCAAAAUUCGUCUCUUCCUUCGUGGACCCAACAUGCCCGGAAUCGAGAACAUCACCUUCGAGAUGGACAAUGACGAUCAUUCCCUAUUCAAAUGUAUCCAAAAGCUCACGAACAAUGUGGAAUGGCAACAGAAGGGCGAUCGGAAUCGCAGAAUCUUCGAUCCGGUCUACACAUUGAUAUACGAGGAUGCAUCGGCCGCCACAAACAUCGAUGCGUUGGCGCUGCCAUCGGAAGAUAGCAAAGUUCCCGACAUCGUGAACCAAACUCUGGACGCCCUCAAUCUUUUGGCCAAAGUUGGCGCCACCCUGCCCGAAUCGGAACUGCCUUCCAACGUCUUCAUCUCCGACAAGCUGUCGCAGAAGUUGCUGCAAGAACUCUCGGAUCCGCUGGUGGUGGCCGCUCGUUCGAUGCCGGAUUGGUGCGAGCGACUCGUUUAUUCGCAUCCGUGUCUGUUCACGAUGGAUACCAGGAAUAUGUACAUGGGCGCCACAGCUUUCGGCGUCGCUCGUUCGAUCGUCUGGAUCCAAUCUCGUCGCGACGCUGCCCUGGAGCGUUCGCGUGGCACAGGAGCCGGAACGCCCAACCCUUCAUCUGCCGUGCGUCGCGAAGAUGCCUACGAAUAUCGUGUUGGCCGCCUGAAGCACGAGCGCAUCAAGGUCACCCGCGCUGAAGACGAGCUGCUUGAACAGGCUAUUCGCUUGUUCCGUUUCCACUGCAGCAACAAGGCCGUGCUGGAGAUUGAGUACAAUGGAGAAGAAGGAACAGGACUUGGCCCUACCCUCGAAUUCUACGCCCUGAUUUCUGCCGAAAUGCAGCGCAAAGCUCUGGCGAUCUGGUGGUGCGAUGACCUGGAUGAGACGCAGCUGAAGCUUGAGGAAAAAGAGCUCGACCUCGGCGAGGGCAAGAAGCCGCCCGGCUUUUACGUCCGUCGCGCUGGCGGCCUUUUCCCCGCUCCUCUGCCACCAAACACCGAGCAGCGCCGUCGUGCAAAUGAACUCUUCCGUGUUCUCGGCAUCUUCAUGGCCAAGGUUUUGCAAGAUGGACGUCUCGUCGACAUUCCGCUCUCCCCAUCGUUCCUGAAAUUGGUCAUCCACCCGAAGGUCAGCACCCGUGCCACAAUCGCCGAUUUGGACGGCGUCUUGACGCUCGACGACUUUGAACUUGUCCACCCAAUUAAAGGCCGUUUCCUGAAAGAGCUGUCGUCUUUGGCUGCGCGCAAGCGGGCCCUCGAGUCUGACGAUACCAUCGACACAAUUGCCAAGCGCCGACGCUACGACGAGCUGAUGUUGAAUAUUGGCGGCGCCCGUUGCAAGAUCGACGAUCUUGGACUCAACUUCACUGUGAACCCACCAUCCGCUGUGUUCCAAUACAAGGAGAUGGAACUGAUCGAAGGUGGAGCGGACAUGGACGUGACGAUGGAGAACGUCGAGCUCUACGUAGAGAAGUGCUCCGACUACUAUCUCAACUCUGGCAUCGUCGAGCAGGUACGUGCUUUCCGUGAAGGAUUCGACCGCGUCUUCCCGCUUCGCUCGUUGCGCUCAUUCACGCCGGAGGAAGUCCAGUGCCUCAUCUCUGGUGAACAAAGUCCGGUGUGGAACCGCGACGAUAUCCUCAACUACACCGAGCCCAAGCUCGGCUACACCCGCGACUCGCCCGGUUUCCUGAAAUUCGUCGAUGUCAUGGACGGCCUGACGCCUGCCGAAAGGAAGAACUUCCUGCAAUUCGCUACGGGAUGCAGCAGUCUGCCACCUGGUGGCCUGGCCAACCUGCACCCGCGGCUGACCGUGGUUCGGAAGGUCGAGAGCGGUGACGGCAGCUAUCCAUCGGUCAACACUUGCGUGCACUACCUGAAGUUGCCGGAUUAUUCCACCGCUGAAAUUCUUCGUGAACGUCUUCUGACGGCCAUCAACGAGAAGGGCUUCCACCUCAAC